AUGGAUACGAUAAAUGCAAAUCAUUUGAAGAGGAAUACUAUCAACGUUGAAAUUCAACAAGGAAUAAAUAUUGUGGAUUUAAUAUGUGAAAUUGAGGAAAUUGUUGGAGAGGAUGCCGUAAUUGCCGCUGUCCCUUUACAAGGUAAUAUCGAGUUAACUUUUGAUAGCCCUGAUCGCUUAUCACACCUAUUAAAUAAACCAAUCAUUGUGAAUGACAAAGUUCUAUCGUACAAUUUGAUCGGCGCCAAGAUAAUGGUGGUGUCCUUUAUGCACAUUCCCUUUUACAUCCCGGACAGCGAAAUUCUCGCCAAGUUAGAAAAAUGGAACGUUAAACCUCUUGGUAUUGUGAGACACAGAACUAUAAAAGUUAAAGAUAGAGACAUUCCCGAUGGCACCCGCUUCGUAAAGUGCGAAUUCCCCCCAGAUGUUGCAAGCCUCCCGUAUGCUACUUUUAUUGAUGGCCGCUCUUUCACCAUCAAGCAUAAUAACCAGCAAAAAGUUUGCUUUGAAUGUUUCCAGACUGGACACGAUAUUAAGGAUUGCCCCAUAACAGUAUGUAGGAAGUGUAAAAAUACUGGCCACAUCAAAAAAUUUUGUACAGAGGAGAUCUGCCCCGAGUGUACCAAAUUUAAUUAUAAGUGUUCAUGU